AUGGAGUGGAACAUUUUCCUCAACAAGAGAGUGAAGAGUCUUGGCUUCGUGAAAUAUUCUGAAGAGAAGGUUGUGUACACGAGAAACCAUGGAGAAGAAGUAUUUAUUGUUGGAGUAUACGUCGACGACUUGAUCGUGACAAGAUCAAGAAUCAAGGGUGUUGAGGAGUUCAAAAUACAAAUGAUGAAGGAGUUCGAGAUGAAUGAUUUCGGGUUACUCUUGUACUAUCUUGGCAUCGAGGUGAAGCAGACAACUUAUGCGAAGAAGGUAUUGAAACAGUUUGCAAUUGAGGAUUGCAACUCGAGAAAGUAUCCAAUGGAAGUAAAAUUACAGCUCAGAAAUGAUGUGGAAGGAAGCUUAGUGGAUCCGAAGGAGUAUAUGUGUAUCAUCGGGUGUGUCAAGUACUUGACGUACACUCGACCCGGUAUCUUUUAUGCAUUUGGCAUAGUGAUUCAAUACAUGGAGCAACCUACCACUCAACAACAACAGAUAGUAAAACACAUUCUUUGUUACAUGAAGAGAACGAAGAGUUAUGGGAUUCUAUUAAAAAGAGGACGAGAAUUUGAAGAACUCGUUGGUUUUACUUACAGCGACCUAGCCGGUGACACAAAUGAUAGAAAAAGCACUUGA